AGGACCCUGCACCAUGCCAUGGAAUCAUCCUUGAAGCUGUUUCUCUUCGUAGCCUUGGUGACCUUCUCCACGGUGAUUGGCGCAUCCAUUGGGAAGCUCUUGGGCUUGGUCAAGGGCUGGGCUUGGUACAUGGUGGCAUUCCUCUAUUUCUUCGAUGGCGUCAUUUGCUUGGGCGGAACUGUGUUGGCCAACGGCCACUGUGAUGUGUCUCUCUUCAUCCCGGCCCAGCUCUCGUCCCAGCUGGUGGUGAACAUGAUCACAGGCUACCUGGUGUGGGGUGAUGCAAAGUACGUCCAUCAGCCUUUGGCAUAUAUCCUGGUCUACGCCUUGUGCAUUCUGGGCGUCUAUUUGAACAGUCCCGCCAUGGACAUCAUCGGAGGACUCACGCGCUGGUACAGCAUCCGGAGCUCCAAACUGUCAGCGGGGCUUACUGGAAGCAACUUCGGGGAACAGGUGCUGAAGUUGCUACAGAUGUGGCAGGGCAAUAGCGCCAUGGAGGCUGGCUGCCGGGACCAGCUCGGCGCCGUGCUGCAUCGUGGCUUAGAGACGGGAGCAAUCAAGGAGCAUGAACUCAUCAAUUUGGUCCUGCUUCUGUGCAGAGAGAAGCAGUAUGGGCCGAAUCCGCUGCUGGUUCAUUGGCUCGAAGAUCUGAAACUCUUCCAGAUCUAUUGCGAGCAUGAUCCGGCCUUUAAGGAUUCCUUCCGACAGACUCUGACGACGGAGGACUAUCACAAACUGGUCGGCAUGAAAGAGGAAUUAAUCCGGGAGAUUUCCUCCUUUGCCUCAACCGUGUCAGUACCAGAAAUUAUGGCAGGCUCCGGCAUCUCUCUGGGCGAUGCCGCGCGGAGCUUCGGCGGACGGACGGACAGGUUGUUGGCCUGACGCCGCGAACGCCGCGAGGUCGCCACUCUGAAACAGAGCAGCUGACCCUGUGGACAGAGGGACCGACGGGGACUUCAACCAUCGACGGGUUUUCGGAGUAGGCUU